GUAAAGAGCAGGACAUCAGGGGACUGGAUAGAGAAGCAGAAUGAUGGCGGUAAGAACCACACGAACCGUGUUACCCCCAAACCCCCCGACAGACCAAGGCCACCGAGACUGGAGCGCGCCUUCUCCCUGGACGACCAGAGCUGGCGCCGGAGAGUUACCACCAGCCAGGGGAGCUUAACUGACCCCAACGGAAGUGGCUCCUCCACCGGGUCCCUGCAGGAAGCCAUCCAGGAUCCAGGGGCCAAUCAUCUGCAACCCUGCACGGCCUCAAGGUUUCCAAAGAUCAGUCGUCCGUCCGUUACCCAUAAACCGCGCCUGGCGAAGCCCCUGCAGCGUCUCCCCCAGAUAGAGAGCAAUGUGGCGCCCAGGACACUGAGGACGACUAAUAGGAUGGAGACGGAUUACACGGUAACGCAGCCUCUCCGGCAGAGCAGCAGCGACACGAGACUGAACAGUGCAGCGUGCGACCACUGCGCCAAUCAGUCCAUGAGGAGCACCUACAGCCUACUCACCCCCCUGCGCUCCAAGGAUGUGCGCAACAGGAGUUAUCUGGAGGGCAGCCUCUUGGCUAGGGGGGCGCUACUUGGAGCCGAGGAAUUGGAUCGAUAUUUCCCGGAGAGGUCGCUCAGAGUUUUCAUUGCUACCUGGAAUAUGCAAGGAAGGAAGGAGCUCCCGGAGAGCCUGGAUGAUUUCCUGCUGCCGCCAGAUGAUGACUUUGCUCAGGAUAUGUAUGUGGUCGGCGUCCAAGAAGGAAGCCCGGAGCGGCGGGAGUGGGAGAUCCGGCUGCAGGAGACCCUGGGCCCACAUUACGUGCUGCUCCACUCCAGCGCUCAUGGUGUCCUCUACCUCUCAGUCUUCAUUCGACGAGACCUGAUCUGGUUCUGCUCGGAGGUUGAAUCCGCCACAGUGACCACGCGGAUCGUCUCACAGAUCAAGACUAAAGGCGCGCUGGGCGUGUCCUUCACUUUCUUCGGCACCUCCUUCCUCUUCAUCACAUCACAUUUCACAUCUGGAGAUGGGAAAGUCAGUGAGCGGAUUCUCGACUACAAGAAAAUCGUUGAGGGUUUGGCGCUACCUCGAAAUAUUCCUGACACAAACCCGUACCGCUCCAAUCCCUUGGACGUCACCAGCCGAUUUGAUGAAGUCUUCUGGUUCGGCGACUUUAACUUCCGGUUGAACAAGGAUCGUCUGGGAGUAAAUUCGAUUCUGCAACGUAAACCGGAGCGAGACAUGUCACAUCUCCUGCAGUACGAUCAGCUGAUCAAAGAGAUGAAUGACGGAUCCAUAUUUAAAGGCUUUGAAGAAGCCGCCAUCCAGUUCCUCCCCACGUAUAAGUUUGAUAUCGGCUGUGACGACUACGACACAACAUCAAAGCAGAGAACUCCGUCCUAUACAGACCGGGUGGUGUAUAAGAGCCGGAACAAGGGAGACAUUCGAGCCCUGAGGUACGCCGCCUGCUCACUGGUGAAGACUUCAGACCACAGACCAGUGUUCGGGUUAUAUGAAGUACGGAUCCGACCCGGCAGAGACAAUAUUCCGUUGGCUGCCGGAUUGUUUGACCGCGAGUUGUAUCUUCUGGGCAUCAAGAGGCGAAUCUCACGGGAAUUACAGAAACGUCAGGUGCUAAAAAACCAAAAGAACAGCAGCGUCUGCGCCAUCUCCUGACAGGAGGCGGCCAUGUCUGCAGCCCAGGAUCAACACCCCACAGUCCUGGAGGGGGCGCUCUGCACACCGCAGUCCUGGAGGGGGCGCUCUGCACACCGCAGUCCUGGAGGGGGCGCUCUGCACACCGCAGUCCUGGAGGGGGCGCUCUGCACACCGCAGUCCUGGAGGGGGCGCUCUGCACACCGCAGUCCUGGAGGGGGCGCUCUGCACACCGCAGUCCUGGAGGGGGCGCUCUGCACACCGCAGUCCUGGAGGGGGCGCUCUGCACACCGCAGUCCUGGAGGGGGCGCUCUGCACACCACAAGCAUUCCUGUAACAUAUGUAAAUAUAUAUUUAUCUGGAAGAACAGCGGCUCAGUCUGUGUCCAUUGCUGUGUAAUUUAUUCAUUAACACCAGUCGUCUCCAGCCUGUAGCAAAACCACA